AUGGAGGGCCAUCUAAAAAUGUCCACCACCAAUGGUGCCCCUCCUCCUCUUCACACCGUUAAGCCCUUGCGCAGAACAAUCUUCAACCGUGUGUUUGCUACAAUUUAUGCUCUUGCCAUUUUAACUCUGCUCUGUUACCAUGCUAAAACGCUCAUCUACUCCACAACCCUACUCUCUUUCCUUAUAAUCCUUUCCCUUUUAAUCUCCGACCUUGUUCUUGCGUUCAUGUGGGUGAACACACAGACUUUUCGCAUGUAUCCGGUCUAUCGUAAGGAAUUCCCUGAAAACGUCGAAAAAGUCGUGAAAAGAAGUGAUUUUCCAGCUUUGGAUGUGUUUAUAUGCACUGCGGAUCCAUAUAAGGAGCCGCCAAUUGGUGUAGUGAAUACGGCUUUAUCUGUAAUGGCUUAUGACUAUCCAACAGAGAAGAUUUCAGUCUAUGUGUCUGAUGAUGGAGGCUCGGCUUUGACUCUCUUUGCUUUCAUGGAGGCUGCUAAGUUUGCUACCCACUGGUUACCAUUUUGUAAGAAGAACAACAUACUAGAGAGGAGCCCUGAAGCAUAUUUCGAAUCAAAUCAUAAUUGCACCUCCGAGACUGAGAAGAUUAAGAUGAUGUAUGAAAGCAUGAAAGUCAAGAUAGAGCAUGCUCUUGAGAGGGGAAAAGUUCAUGAUCAGUACAUCACUGGGGACCAAGAAUGGGAAAUUUUCAAUAAAUGGACUGAUGAUUUCACCCGACAAGACCAUCCUGCUGUGAUUCAGGUGUUGUUAGAUGCUAGUAAGGAUAAAGACAUCGCUGGUUCCUUGAUGCCAAACCUCAUUUACGUCUCCAGAGAAAAAAGCAAGGCUACACCUCACCACUUUAAAGCUGGUGCCCUCAAUGCAUUGAUACGAGUGUCAGGUAUCAUGACCAAUGCACCGGUAAUCUUAACUCUAGAUUGCGACUUCCGCUCCAAUGAUCCUCAAACACCUCUACGGGCAAUGUGUUAUCUGUGUGAUCCAGCGAUUCGACCCGACUUCGCAUUUGUUCAGUUUCCUCAACUGUUUCGCGGAAUCAACAAAAAUGAUAUCUACAACACGGAAUAUAAACGUUUGUUCCAAAUUAAUAUUUUGGGAUUUGAUGGAUUAAACGGCCCUGAUUAUCUUGGAACUGUAUGUUUUUUUCGACGACGAACCUUUUAUGGAACUCCAUCCAACCUAAUAGUACCAGAGAUUCUUGAACUAGCUCCGGAUCAUGUUGUAGACAAACCUAUCCAAUCUCAAUCAAUUUUGGCGCUGGCACAUCGGGUAGCAAGUUGCAAUUAUGAAAACCAAACCAACUGGGGCUCUAAGCUCGGAUUUAGAUAUGGAUCGUUGGUCGAGGAUUACUACACAGGUUUUAGGUUGCACUGCGAAGGGUGGAAGUCCGCAUUUUGUAAUCCUGAGAGGCCUGCAUUUUUGGGUGAAGUUCCCAACAACUUGAUUGAUGCACUGGGUCAGCAAAAGAGAUGGUCAGUUGGACUUCUUGAGGUGGCAUUCUGUAAAUAUAGCCCAGCAACCUAUGGUGUUAGAGCAAUGGGUCCUCUGAUGGGUCUAGGUUACGCACAGUUAGCAUUUUGGCCUAUUUGGUCGAUUCCAAUCAUCACAUACGCUUUCGUUCCCCAGCUAGCUCUUCUCAACAAAGUUCAUGUUUUCCCAAAGGUCUCAGAGCCAUGGUUUUUCUUGUAUGCAUUUCUUUUCUUGGGGGCCUAUGGACAAGAUUGUCUUGACUUCAUCCUAGCCGACGGUUCCAUACAGAGAUGGUGGAGUGAUCAGCGAUUUUGGAUCAUAAAGGGACUAACAAGUUACUUCUUUGGUUCCAUAGAGUUCUUCUUCAAGUUCUUGGGAAUUUCAGCAUUUGGCUUUACACUGACAAGCAAAACAGUUGAUGAUGAGCAAAGUAAAAGAUAUGAACAAGGAAUCUUUGAGUUUGGGGUACAUUCACCCAUGUUUGUGACCCUAACAAUGGCAGCCAUAAUUAAUUUAAUCUCAUUUGUCCAAGGGCUUGUUGAAGUUUUCAAAGGAAACAAUUUGGAGGGAUCAUUUGUGCAGAUUUUCAUAUCAGGUUUUGCUGUGGUGAAUGCUUGGCCUAUUUACGAAGCCAUAGCUUUGAGAAAUGACAGUGGGAAAAUGCCUACCAGGACCACUAUUAUGGCAACACUUCUAGCAGGUGCAUUAUAUACAACAUCAUCUUUUAUUUUCGGGUGA